AUGGAACAAACGAUUAUGUUACCAUAUUAUAUUAGGAUUUGUUUGUUUAUCCUAUUGAGUUGCAUAUCUCAUUUUCAUCAUGAUAUGAGUACCUUUAAUAAAUAUUUGGCUGGGAGAAAAAAUAUUGAUGAAACAUUAGAUACAAUAACUUAUCGAUUACUAGCAAAAUAUAAGCAUGAAAAGGGUCCAAUUAUUGCACGGUUGAAAAAAGAUAUACCAACUAUCAAUGAAUACUCAAAAAUGUGUGUUUCAAACAAUGGAAAAGUAGAAAAAGGAAAAAAUAAAAGAACAAAUCAAUGUUUAUUAAAUAAUAUAGUAGAACAUGGCCAUACUAAUAUAAAUAAAUCUUCGGUAUACAGUAGAAGAAAUUCACAUUUUGAAAAAAGGAUGUUAGAUAAAAUAUACUAUAAAAAUAAAGUUAGGCAUUUUACAAAUGCUGAUUUUUUGUUUUUAAAAAAUGAUAUAAAAGUAAACAAAUCUUUUAUCUGUGCUGUAACUAUCUACCAUUUAUUUGUUUCAAUAAUAGGAGCUGUUUUAGUAGUAUGUAAAUAUAUAAAAUUAGAAUCAAAUUUUACAUUAGAUUGGGGUCUUGGAUUAGGUAUAUUAGGGUGUAUAUGCGUGUUCAUAGUUAUUCUAAUAAUGAUUUAUCUCCAUAGACAAAUUUUAAAAUAUGGCAAGAUAAGACAUAUAAAGAGUGAAUUGCAUAAUACGGCAUAUCCUUCUCACUGA